AUGCAUCUCAGCCUCAGCGCCAAGAACAAGCUUGGAUUGGUUGAUGGAUCAGUCAAGGCCUCUUCAUCCAAUGACCCGAAAUUCUCAAUCUGGCAGCGCUGCAAUGACAUGGUCCUGUCAUGGAUCUUGCACUCUCUUCAUCCAGACAUCGCCAGCAAUGUCCUUUAUGCUAAAACAGCGGCGGCUGUUUGGACAAAUCUUCGAGAUCGUUUUUCACAGAGCAAGGACGCCAGAAUUUAUCAGAUUCGACAAGAAAUUGUCGAGUGCAGACAAGGAACGCAAACUAUCUCCAUCUAUUACACAAAGUUGAAAGCUCUUUGGGAUGAGUUGGCUUCAUACCAAGAGCCCUUUAUCUGUGACUGUGAAGGACUAAAAAACCUUGCUGAGAGAGAAGAGAAAGAAAGGGUGAUGCAAUUUUUGAUGGGUUUGAGCAACACCUACUCUACGGUUCGAGGAUCAAUUCUCAUGAUGAAUCCCUUACCUGACACACGCAAAGUUCACGGCCUGGUUCUCCAACACGAGCGCCAGCUAGAGGUGACCAGCAAGCAUGACAAUCUGGUUACUCCACAUGUGAUGCAAACCGGUCGUUCUUCGGUGGCCGCCACUCCCUCCACAGCCUAG